AUUGCUAGCCCAAAUAAAUGUUUGGCUAAAAGUAAACUUCAGGAAUUAAAUGUACUUGCGGAUUCAAGCGUGUAUAAUAUAUACACGUACAUAUGUAUCGCGAGUGUGUUGUUUCCGAACACAAGUGUACGCGUUAUAAGAAACCUGUGAGAAGUCUGGCUGGAACUGUUGAAGCGACAAUAACUAUGCGACAUUGCCCAACCUGACAUUAACGUCUAGGAAUAAAUCCAGCUCCGCAAAAUGCCGUUGUUCGGCAAAAAGGAUUCCGGCAAGAAAGCCAAGGCGAAGGACAUAAGGGAGCUCAAUAAGCAAGUGUCGAUCGAGGAGAAAUACAAUCUUCACGGACUCUUGGGGACUGGAGCCUUUUCAGAAGUACGUCUUGCCGAAAGUAAAGAAACGCCUGGCGAUCACUUUGCAGUGAAAAUUAUCGACAAAAAAGCUCUGAAGGGCAAGGAAGAAUCUCUGGAGAAUGAAAUACGUGUUUUAAGAAGGUUCAGUGCAAAUCAUUUCGAUGGCAAAUGUCCGAACGGAACGCGAUUAACUCAUCCAAAUAUAGUGCAACUCUUGGAAACGUAUGAAGACAAGUCGAAGGUGUACCUAGUUAUGGAGUUGGUUACUGGUGGCGAACUUUUUGACCGCAUUGUGGAAAAGGGGUCUUACACUGAAAAGGACGCUUCUCAUCUGAUAAGACAGAUUCUAGAAGCGGUAGAUUAUAUGCAUGAGCAAGGUGUCGUCCAUCGUGACCUUAAGCCGGAAAACUUACUCUACUAUAGUCCUGACGAUGAUAGCAAAAUAAUGAUUAGCGAUUUUGGAUUAUCUAAAAUGGAGGAUUCUGGAAUUAUGGCUACAGCAUGUGGAACUCCCGGAUAUGUUGCUCCUGAAGUGCUGGCACAAAAACCGUAUGGAAAAGCCGUUGAUGUGUGGAGUAUUGGAGUAAUAUCAUACAUUCUAUUAUGUGGUUAUCCUCCGUUUUAUGAUGAAAAUGAUGCUAAUCUGUUCGCUCAGAUUUUAAAAGGAGAAUUUGAAUUCGAUUCACCCUAUUGGGAUGAAAUAAGCGAGUCCGCCAAGCAUUUUAUUAAAAAUUUAAUGUGCGUAUCAGUGGAGAUGCGAUACACAUGCAAGCAAGCUCUGGCACAUGCUUGGAUUUCCGGAAACGAGGCCAGCAGCAGAAACAUUCACGGAACCGUGUCAGAGCAACUGAAGAAAAACUUCGCAAAAUCCCGUUGGAAGCAAGCUUACUACGCGGCGACCGUGAUCCGACAGAUGCAGCGAAUGGCGCUGAACAGCAAUAGCAGUGCUAAUAUUGAUCCUACUGGCGUUUGCAGUAACCAAAAAGACUCUAAAAAUCCAACAGCGUCUGGAUCAUCCAAUUCCAAUGUUUUAUCAGCGCAGCAAUCUGCACAAAGUCAUGCACAAGAUGUUACCGAGCCGGUAGGCAGCACAAAUGGAGCUUCACAGUAGCAAAGUUGAAUAUCAAAAUUAUGUUACAUAUAUGCUGUUUUGAAUUACAUUUUUGAAUUUUAACGAUUGUUCUAGUCUAGUAAAUAUGUCAUAUUUACUAAUCGGAUAAUUUUUUCAAUCGAAAAUACCAAACAAAUAAUAACAUAUGAAUGUGCGUACACCUGCACUAAUCCAUCUCUUAAUAAUAUACAAGAUGUAAGGCUACUAUUUAACCAACGCAAUACACUAUUAAAAUUCAAUCCGUCGUUUAACAUGUCUGUGAACAAUACAUUAUUAAAGCGAGGAUCUCACUGUAAAAAAUA